CUGUCACGUUGUGCGAAUUAUUGUGCGAUGUGUGAGGUAUUUGAUAUUUGCGGCUGUCCCUUUGCCUGUUUGAUACUAGCUGAUGCUUAGACGAGCUUCGUCGCCCUUCAUGUAGUCAAAAUCUCCUACAGUUGGUAGGUACAGAUAACUAAUUGACUCUACCAUAGAACAGAAGAAAGACACACAGAGACGACAACGAUAGCGCGCGGGGACGGCAGUGCGAUUCAGGACAGCUCGUCAUGCUGCAGGCACUCCUUCAGCCCAGAGACGACACCAGGCACGGAGUGAAGCUCCAUCCUUAGCUUUUCUCCAUCGAGGUAGUUUGUUUCGUGCACCUCACACUCGCCCGUGUUCUCAAAAUAGAAGAACAUUUGGCACAUUGCAUUGGCCACACAUGACUCGGCACACUGUUCGACGGCUGCCAUGUCGAUAAAAGUGCUCUCACGAUUGGCUUUCGGUCUGGCCAGGUGCUUUCGCAGACCAAUGUCGGGCUGGUAGCACCCGCAGAGCACUGGCUGGGAUGGAGGGGACAGAGUGACAGCACCACUGCUCUCGUCGCGGGAUGAGACGACCAUCGGCACUGGUUCAACAUAGACAGAGAGACACAAACAGCAUUCUAUUCUAUGUGUUAUGGCAGGCGGCCCACCUUUUAGAGCCUUCGACCCUCUGAGAAGUUCUCUAUCGCCCUUGAUGGGCACCACUCGCACAUACAAGGCCACGUCGGUCGUAUUCCUGUCUGUUGUCAGAGUGACGUUCCUGGCCGCCAUAGUGUCGAUCAGCUCCUGCAGUGAUAUGAUUUCCUCGAAGGCCUUUUUUGUGCGCUCGAUCAGGUGCCGGCUGAGAAGAACUUCAAUCAUGUCAGCUCCGAUGUGCAAGCGCCAUUUGGUGAUGCCUGGUGGGCAGAGGGACAUGUACGCAUGUGAGUCUAUAUGUGUGCACGAUUCAUCAAAGCACCUGUCACCCCAUUGAACGAGAAAUGGACGGUCCAGCGCUCAAGGCCCUCAGCAGCCAGCGUAUUGGCGUCGCUGCAGAGCAACAGCCUCGGCCGCUCAGCCGAGGAUCCCUCCCAGUGGUGCAGGUGGCCUCGUUGGGCUCUAAAGCCCUCGAACUCCCGGACUAUGCGGGGCUCCUCUUCGUAUGUCACUUCGGUGAAGAAUGGCCCCGACCAACCCCAGGCAAUCAGAACGGUUGGAGGUUCAUUUCUGCGAUCCGAACAAAUCAGAGAGAUGCCGUCAAUUCCAUGAGGACGCCUCAAAUCCUACUUCCCGUUGUCGACCAUUUGGACCCCACCACAGCAGGCACUGCUCAGGCUGCAGAAUAGAAGCAAGCGCAUUCUGUCCUCUUCGCUUCGCGCUGAUUACUUAGUGGGGUGCGUGAAGGACCAGACUUUGGUGGCUGUCAUAUUCUCGAGGUCCAAUUGCAGCUCCAGUGCUCGUGACGGCCUCCCUGUACCGGCGCGAAACAU